ACAAUGGCUCGUAUCGCAUAAGAAUAGUCGAUUCGAUUUCGAUCUAAGCAAAAUUGUCGAUCGAAAUCGAAAUCGAAUCGAAAUACCUAUCGUAUACGGGUUUACGAUUAUGAUCGAGUAAAUCUGCUCGAUCGAUUGGUCGAGUAGUUUGUGUUCUGUCAAAUCAUUCGAUUGUUUACAUUUGUGAGCGCGGUGAACAAACGUGUCGCGAUACAUAUCUUACCACCAAUAUUUACUAUAAAAGUGAAAAAAUGAUUGCUUCCUUCUUGCUUUUCGAUAAUUACACCACUGAAACGGAAGAUCUCGCUAAAUAUCGUAGAAAACUAAGGAAGGAAUUGGAUCCUUUAGCGCUAGAAGAUACUGCUUUUAGGAAAAAUUUCCGAAUUUCUAAGGAAAUAUUUUUGGAUAUACUGGAAAAAAUUGCUCCGUUCAUCACUCCAAAGCACAAUCGAGGGUUAUCAGCGAAGCAAAAAUUAGCAGCAACAUUAAAAUUCUUGGCCCAAGGAUCCUAUCAACAAGGUGUAGGAAAUGAUUUCACCGUACCAAUGGGUCAAUCAACUUUUUCAGAAAUAUUUGACGAAACAGUGCGUGUUAUGGAACGUGAGCUCAAAGAGUGCAUAACGUUGGAGAUGACGGAACUGGAAAAGCAGGAGGCACGCAGAUUCUUCUAUAGCAAAUCUGGCAUCCCGGGUGUGGUUAUGGCAGCGGAUGGAACCCAUAUAAGGAUGGUAGCCCCAAACGAAAAUGCUGUGCUGUAUUUCAAUAGAAAAGGCUUUUACAGCUUAAAUGCACUUUUGAUAUGCGAUCAUCGUAACCUAAUACGCUAUGUUAAUGCGAAAUACAGCGGGUCGAAUCAUGAUGCGUUCAUUUUUGAAGAAAGUCCAGCAAACUUGUUCUUUGAAGAAAGAUGGAGGGAAGGGGACAGGCAGUGCAAGAUUUUAGGUAGGUUGAACGUUUAACAUAAUUGAAUAUAUCUAAAUGCUCCUUUAAACGAAUCAUUUUAGGUGAUUCCGCAUACCCAUCAAAACCAUGGCUCUUGCGACCUUUUGCCAAUUCCCAGCCCAAUAGUGUGGAAGCUGAAUAUAACUUCAAGCAUGCUAAAGCACGAGUCAUAAUUGAAAAAACUAUUGGUAUGCUGAAAGGGAGAUUUAGGUGCAUAAAUGGAGAAAGACAAUUGCACUACACUCCCACAAAAUGCGUUCGAAUUGUAAAUGUUUGUUGUGCUUUACACAACCUGUGUAUUAUUAACAGAAUAACUG